ACUCUCUCUCUCUCUCUUCCUGCGAAGCACCAUUUUCAAACUCUCUGUCCCUCCCUUUUAAGUUCUCACUGUCUCUCUCUCUCUCUCUCUGGAGGGCUCUCCCCAGUCCCUGUACUUCUGCUGUGUACCUCUUAGGGUUUACGAAAUGGAACAUCUCAGUUGAGGAUUCAGCUGAGAUUCCGAAGUAUAGAACUUCGGUUGGUUGGUUGGUCGGUCGCGGAGAAAAUGCAAAGGGGAUUUCUCUUGAUAAGUAAAAGUAAAGGAUAUAAGGGAAAAAUAAGGGCAUAAUUACAAGUGGUGAAACAUACUACACUAGUUGUCUAUGGAUCAAUCAGAACAGACACAAAAACAGCAGCAGCAGCAACACCAGCAGGCAGUGGUGGGAGUUGCAGCAGGUGCCAACCAAAUGGCCUAUGCUACUCCUUAUCAAACUGCUCCUAUGGUGGCUUCUGGAACUCCUACAGGAGCAGUGCAUUCCCCGACCCAGCCCCCCACCACAUUUGCUAAUCCCUCACACCAGCUUGCAUACCAGCAGGCCCAACACUUCCACAACCAACAGCAGCAGCAACAGCAACAGCAACUUCAGAUGUUCUGGGCCAACCAAAUGCAAGAAAUUGAGCAAACGACUGACUUCAAGAAUCACAGCCUCCCUCUUGCUCGGAUUAAGAAAAUAAUGAAAGCUGAUGAGGAUGUCCGGAUGAUUUCGGCAGAGGCUCCUGUCAUAUUUGCAAAGGCAUGUGAAAUGUUCAUCUUGGAGCUGACUUUGCGCUCUUGGAUCCACACAGAAGAAAACAAAAGGAGGACAUUACAAAAGAAUGAUAUUGCAGCUGCCAUUUCGAGGACUGAUGUCUUUGAUUUCUUGGUUGAUAUCAUUCCAAGAGAUGAAUUGAAAGAGGAGGGACUUGGGGUGACCAAGGCUACUAUUCCAGUAGUCGGUUCACCGGCUGAUAUCCCAUACUACUAUGUCCCAUCACAGCAUCCUGUGGGACCUACAGGAAUGAUCAUGGGAAAGCCAGUCGACCAAGCAGCAAUGUAUGCUACGCAGCAGUCUCGAGCACCUAUGGCUUUCAUGCCAUGGCCACAGAGCCAAACUCAGCAGCAGCAGCAGCCACCACAGCAGCAGCAAACAGACUCUUGAAUCUUGGUCACUGUGGUCAAGGUAAUGUAACAGAUGUUUUCAGGCACCCUUUUGACUGUUAGAGAUGAAUUGCUGGUGGUGUCUUUUAGCAAGUAGAGUGUUCUUUUUUUCUUCCUAAGUUGGUAGCUUUAAUGCUGAGUGGAUGAUGAGCUUGUGAUUUGGUACUAUGUAUGGGCUUUGUAGUCGCCUCUUAUUUAAAAGUUU